GAAAGGUACUUUUUGUAAGUGAUAGCCGAAAGAGCUAAAGAGGUCUGAGUUGUAUUUGGUAAGGGUAAUCAAAUAAGGAGUUAAUAACCUCGACAGCAGAAAGGAUUUCCUAUUUAAAGAAUGUGGAUUUGUUAUCUCUUGCUUGCCAUUACAGCAGUCGAUGGAGGUCAAUUACAAAGGGGUCUACAGGAGCAUCUUAGAGAUGUAUUCCAGAAUGCUCAAAGUUUUAAUCUUUCUGGUUCUGGGACGGCGAAUAAAAAUGGUAAAAUCGAUUUAAACCUUCAAAUUCAGAUAACAGGAGUAGAGACUCCAACAGAAAGUCCAACGGGAGGAGCAGCUCCACUGAUUGGGGCAGAAUUACCGGGAGCAGGGGGAACUUUUACCGAAGAAGAAGAACAGGGUUUAGCAAAGCACAAUGAAUUUCGACAAGUUCAUGGGGUUCCUGCGAUGACACUGGACAGACAAAUGUGUGAUGAGGCUAAACAGUACGCCCAAACGCUUUCAAAUAUGGGUAGCUUGAUGCAUUCGCCGUCUUCAGAAAGAAGUGGCCAGGGAGAAAAUCUUGCCAUGGGAUGUUCAAUACGUGCUCCACAAACCAUAGAAGAAGCCGUGACAAAUUGGUACAACGAAGUCUGUCGUCCGGGAUACGACUUUUAUAUCCCCUCUUUUAGCGCUGGAAUAGGCCAUUUCACUCAAGUAGUGUGGAAAGAAAGCAUAGUUCUUGGCAUUGGAAUAGCUUCAGGAAAGAAAAACGGCAUGAACUGUGCAUAUAUUGUGGCUAUAUAUAGACCGGCUGGGAACAUGGUAGGAGAGUUUACCCAAAAUGUGCCGGAAGGAGACUUUAAUAAGGACAGCUAUUGUGCAACAGUUAAGAGGCAUACGCUCUUGGACAAGCAAUGGAAGGCAGCUUUCGUUAACAAUUCAAAUGCCACAACGGGGUCGGCUGAGCUUCGCGGCCAAUUUGAGGAACAAUAAAGCAGCAAGAAAGAAAAUAUUGCCACAAAAAGACAAAAACAAUCAGCGAUUAUUGUUAUGCUAUUUCGUUUUCAUUGUUUCUCUUAUACUUUGAAAACACAUACAAAUAAAAGCGUAAACAAACCAUGGCAACCACUGCA